AUGGCAACCACACCACAAACAACACCCCCCACCCUCACCACCCCCCCGCCCCCCCAAACCUUCGCGCUCCUCACCUUCCCCACCCCUUCCAUCCUCCUCGUAACCUUCAACCGCCCCCGCACCCUCAACUGCAUCGACAGCACCGGCAACCACGAGCUAGACGCAUUGUUCACCUGGUACGACAGCGAACCCACUCUCCGGUGCUGCAUCGUCACCGGCGCCGGCCGCGCCUUCUGCGCCGGCGCGGAUCUCAAGGAAUGGAACGCGCGCAACGCCGCGCGCGCCGCCAAACAACCCUUCCCGUCCCCCUACAACACCAUGUUCCCGCCGUCGGGCUUCGCGGCGCUGAGCCGCCGCCACGGGAAGAAGCCGGUGGUGGGCGCGGUGAACGGGCUCGCGUUCGGCGGCGGGAUGGAGGUGGUGGCGAAUCUGGACUUGGUCGUGGCGGCGCGGUCGGCCGUGUUUAGCUUGCCCGAGGCGGAUAGGGGCGUGGUGGCGAUGGAGGGGAGUUUGCCGCGGUUGGCGCGGACGGUGGGGAGGCAGCGGGCGAUGGAGAUGGCGUUGACGGCGCGGAGGGUGGGGGCGGAGGAGGCGAGGGAGUGGGGGUUUGUGAACGAUGUGACGGAGGAUGGGGAAGUGGAUGCAGAUGUGAUGGAUAGGCCGGUGGUAAGGAAGGCGCUGGAGUAUGCGCAGGCGAUUUGCAGCAAGAGCCCCGAUAGCAUUAUUGUGAGUAGGGCGGGGGUGGUGAGCGGGUGGGAGGAGAGCAGUGCGGAGAAUGCGACGCGCAUCAUCAAGGAGAUUUGGGAGGCGAGGUUGAAUGAUGGGGAGAACUUAAGGGAGGGGAUCAGGGCGUUUGCGGAGAAGAGGCAGCCCAGGUGGUCGGAUAGCAGGUUGUAG